AGUAUAUUUUCUGGUUGACUGUACCCAACAAGGUUGAACGCAUGCAGACGAUCUGAGAGUUAAUUGACACAAAGAUCACGACAGAGCAGGUUGUGUGUUGCUGAUAACAUGGAACUGACUUGUGCCAAUCACAACAACCACACACAAACAGAGGUGGAUCCAAAGAUCAAACCGCCUCCACAACCGCCGCCAGCUGAUGAGCCGGUUCAGAAAUUUGUGAGGCACUACGAUAAGGAACCCUUUGACUUUGUCUCAGAACGGAACCUGUCCAAGUCUACCAACGUCGUUGAAUCGACUGGUCAUCUAAUAAAAGGAUGCCUUGGAGGUGGCAUAUUAGGUAUACAUGAAGCGUAUAUGAAAGCAGGGCUAUGGACUUCGCUUGUGCUGACGGUAGUCUACGGGUUCUAUAUCACGUACUGCGUACAUUUAUUAGUAAAAUCAGCGCAAGUGCUGUACCAAAGACUACAUGUGACUACAUUGUCGUACCCUGACGUGGCCGAGGCUGCCAUGGAGAUCGGCCCAUUCCCCACACUGAGGAAAUACAGUAAGUGGUUCAGGUACGCAGUAGACACAGUCAUCUGCAUAGACCUGUUCGGUGCCUGCUGCGUGUACCAGAUCAUCAUAGCGAAGACGAUCCUCCAAGUCGCCGAGGGUGUCGACGAUGAUAUUAACAGGCUCCGGCUGUAUGUGCUCAUGCUGCUGGUUCCUAUACUACUGAUGUGCAUGAUAACCACGUUGAAGUACUUGGCGCCUUUUACGUUGCUUGCCGAUGCGUUUAUCGUGAUAUGUGUAGUAGCGACAUUAUACUACAGCAUGCUCGACCCCCCACCAAUCAGCACCAUCCCUGCUUGGAAGGAUGGCUUGGGCCUGUUCGAGUUCAGUGGCAUUGCCAUCUUCAGCAUGGAAGGCAUCGGGGUCUCGCUGCCUAUUGAGAACAAUAUGAAAGAUCCCCUCAAGUUCACCACGGUGCUUUGCGCUAGUAUGUGCGUAGUGGUUUCAUUUUUGAUCUUAGUCGGUUUUUUUGGCUACUGGGGAUUUGGAGAACUUUCGAUAUCACCAGUGACUCUGAACUUCCCUAUCAAUAGCGCGAUUCCAGUAGUCCUAAAGUGCCUAAUGGGCAUAAUGAUAUUCAUAACGUUCGCGCUAAAUUUCUGGGCGCCUUUCAACCUGGUAUGGCACUACAUGUCAAAGAAACACGACCCUAAGAAGCACUGGCUAUGGGAAAGAGUAUACAGAGCAGUAUUCAUCGUUAUUAUUAGCGCUAUCGCUAUUGGCUUCCCUAAUAUUGGAAAUUUGAUGGGUUUGCUCGGAGCUUUUUGCCUGUCAAAUAUGGGGUUCAUCUUCCCCGCCAUCAUUGAACUACUUGUCAUUUGGGAGGACCCAGGGCUAGGCAAAUACAAAUGGCGGCUAUGGAAAAAUGUCUUAGUGCUACUAGUAGGCGUACUGUUCUUUUUUGCCGGGACUUAUUCAAAUUUAAAAGGACUAAUAUCUAACUUAUAACGACCCGUGAUGUACACACAGCUGCAAAAGUGCACGGACAAAAAAAAUUGUCUGUGUCCAUACAAUUUUUCAGCUCGUUGUUAGUACAGUCACCUGCAAUAUGAUGUUACUCUUCGAAGACCGCCGCAAAAAAAUGUGACACUCUCUUAUGGUUCUACAGAAAGUAGCUCAAUUUGAGCAGCAGCGUCUGGAAGACCUGGAUGCUAAGCGUCAUAUCCGCAAGACGCGACCUAAGCCCUCCUACACAUACACCCGCAACUCGACUGGACAACUCCAUUGCGCAUCGUGUGACCGCAUCUUCAAGACAAAGUUUGGUUUUGCGAGCCACAUAAGGGCAUUUCAUAAUCCGGAUAAGAAUUGUUGAUGGAGUCGCCAUUGCCGGAUACGGCAAGGAAGAGGUUCUACAAAUAAGAUCGUGUCUGGGGGCCGAUUUUUGAAUUUCGAGCGCUCGAUUUCGUCACUCGAAAAUCGGCGGAAAACAGCGAAAUGCUAAUUUUUGAAAUACGAGCAAUAGAAAUUGGGAAUCGAGUGGUAUUGACCACUCGUUUUCAAUUCUAUUAGUAGAAUUUAAAUGCCGGGUACUGGAGAUAUUAUUGAACUAAAUACACGAAACCGAGCGGUCGAAAUUCAAAAAUCGAUCCCCAGAUAUUUUUACGAUCUUCGUUGUGUAGCAAAUUAUUGCAGGACGACGUCAAAAAUAGGUUUAAAUUUUUCGGUUAUUACCUACAAAGUAUUCUUACCAUAGUAAGAUGCAAAACUGUAAACAUAUCUUUGACGUCAACUGUAAAAGCUAAAUACAGAUGUAGGGCAUAAUUAUUUCCAUUGUAUUUUCACGGAAAAGUACGAACGUGUCUUGCUUUUUCUGUUGGUCUCGUACAAAAAUUACUGAGGUUGACUAAAGUAGCAUGACCAAUACGAAUGUUUCCGAGAAAAUACGAGAAAAUACGAUGGAAAACAAUUAUGCACUACAUCUGUAAUAUAAAUAUGUAGUAUAACAAGUACUUACGUAACAUCCUUUCUUAACGCUUUAAAUGGAAUAGCCAGAAACCUAGAAAAUAUUAUAACAUUUAUAACGUAACCAAAAUACAUGUACUUAUGAAAUAUUAAAUUUGAAUUUCUCCGCCUCGGAUGCUACUCGAACUCGCGAUUCAGGGAUGUUAUGGGGCCUAGCCAACAUGGCAAUCGUUGGUGGAAAACUGUCAGUCCAAUACAUUUGUCAUCUUGGCUAGGCUCAGUAGGCUCUCAGCUCACAGCCAGCAGUUACAGCUCUAGUGUUAUAUGUUAUAGUUAGAUAACUAUUGUCAUUUAUUCUAGUAAGUCCCUGCAAAAUUACAAUUAGGUUUACGUAUUUGAGAUACCUACCUACAUAUAAAGUUUUUUUUAA